AUGGGUAAGGAGAAAUUAGCAGCAUUGUUACUCUAUAGAUAAUUAUUCAAAUCUUUAGGAAAUCAAUUAUCAAGAGAGCAAUUGAGAAAAUAUUAUAAAUACACUGUUUAAGCAAGAGUACAUGGAGAGAAUUAAUAAAUUUUGAGGAAUUUGGAAUUAUAUUUGAAAGCCAUCAAAACUCAAAAUUUAAUAAUGGAUGCUGAAAAUAUAGGCAAACCUAAAGACUAUAAAGCAGAUGUAUAGAAGGUUGCUAAUUAUGUUGGAUUAAGAAUGCCUGAAACCUAUGAAAAAUAAGAGUGAU